GAUGAGCAGCACCGGUGUCAUUUCCUGGGGGUGCCUUCGGUGUAGGCAAUCCGCGUCGCGGAAUUGGGACUGCUCCUUUGUUCCCUACGGAUUGUGUGAGCAAAUGGUGGCUUCAGCCGCUCGCGUCCUUCUAAACAAGCGUCGGGUUCAUAUAUCUACAUUAUGCGAGAAUUGCUCUACAGGGUUGUCAGAAGAAAAACAGGUGUGGGAGGUGCAGCAUACUAUUUCAGAGAGCAAGAAAAUCAUGAAUAGCGGGGAGGUUAAGCUUCACAUAUUUCUCACAGCCGCUACAUCGCACUGAGUGGGCGUGCUGCUGGUGGCACCAUGCGUUGGUUGAAUGGCGGCCCAUUACGUGUUUGGUCCCUUCAAUAUGGUCGUUGGCGUUCAUGAUGUAGCUUACGAAAUCAAUACCAUCACGAAGCCUCGUAAUGGACCGUAGGAAGGUAAAGCGGCCCGAUCAACACAUGAUAACGGUUUAGCCGAUAAUAGGUAUGGCUUGCGACGAUCAAGAUGGGCCCUCUGAUGAUCGAAAUACCUAGGCUUUACCAACAGCUUCCGCUCAUAUGUUACGAGUAAGCACUCGGCAAUUUCCGAAACCGUGCGAUGAUAGACCGAGGCCUCCGUCUCUUCCG